AUGGCGUCGUCGUUGCAGCUGGAUCUCAGCAGCGAGGAGGUUUUGGCGCUCGUCGAGGCGGGCGUCAUUUCAGGCCAAACAAUCCACGACGCCUAUCGUGCAGAAGCAGCAUCGGCCGGAUGGCCUCGCAGCGACUUGCCUGAGAUUGACGUCUUGGAGUCUUUGGUGGCGAAGGGCGUCCUGACGAACGAGGGCGUCCUUGACUGGAUGCAGUCGGGCGUGGUGACGGCGCAGACAGGACCCGCUGGCGGGCGUUCGUCGAAGCCUCGCCGCCGCCCGACUGAUCCGAAGGACAAGGCGCCUUGGUACAUGCGCGGCUUGAAUGCCCCCAUCUUCGUGAAGACAGACCUCCAGCCGGAGCUGGCGUUGCUUUCGCGCCAGGGCAACUGCGUCGCGCACGGCAUCGGCCACGUGAUCGGCAAGGCGCUGGAUGCCGUAGCAUAUGCGAAGAUCUUCCCUGCCGCCGCUUCGCGUGGCCGCAAAUACGUGGACGUCGCCGCUGCGCUGGGCGUUGGUUUGCAGGAGGCGCCUGGGCGGGCUUGCGUCGUCGGCGCGUCGGAGAGCGGGCAGGACACGAUGGCGGCCGAGAUAUCUGAGGGAGCUCCUCGAGACGCCGCCAUGGUCGCGGCCUUGGCGAAGCGGGUGCGCAUCGCGGGGGCCGCCACUUCCCGGGAGACGUUCAAGUCGAUGUGGUCCGACGUGACGGAGAAGUCCUCGAAGCUCGCGAACUCGUCGGCCGCCGACCCGCCUCAGUUUCACGGAGUGGUGGCUGCUACGGAGAGGCUUGCCGAUAUCGUUAACAAAAACCACGAGGAGUGGAACGACGAUGUCAAAAGGCUUGGGAUGGCAGCUCUAAUGCUGUAUCGGAGCAGGCAAUCUGAUGUCAGCCUCCUUCAGCACGGUCAGCUUCUCUGGGUGCUUCUGGGCGGGCGCGAGCUGCGGGCGCACUCAGAUCGUGCUUAUUUUUACGAUCAUUCCCUUGGACAUUUCGAGGGCUUCGACGGUCUCAUGCCGCCGACCGUGCUAGCUGCCGCUGGCAAUGCCAUGCUUACCUUGGAAGGGUUGUUCAGGUCCUUCAAGGCGCCUGUCGCGCGCAAGGACGCGGACGUACUGAAUGCGAUCGAUUCGUCCAUCAAGGAGGCCUUGGCGCAGAACAACAACGACUUGCCGAGUGCAAUGUUGACUUUCCAUGACAACUGCAUGUUCAACAAAGGCAAUAACUUGUUGAAAGCAGGGAGCGCCGCGCCUGGCAGGCAGAGCGAACCGGGCGGCGACGGCGAGGAUGCAGAGGGCGCCCUUGCAGCCCCUGCACCGGACACGAGCAAUUCGGCUGACAGCUGGUUCGUGCUAGCGGCUCAGACCAUAUCCAAAGUGCCAACUAAGCUUCAGUAUGAGUUGUUGGGAAACAAGUUGGUUCCUUAUUGCAUUGAGUGGUGUUCAACUGACAUGCAGCGGGUUCCAGGAUGCGCGUGCGCUGACUGCUGCGUGUUGUACGAUCGCAGCGCUUUCGAGAACGUUUGCUUGUUGUCGUCUCGUUCACCAGAGAACAACAUAUAUCUCGGCAUCCCGACACCUCUGCUGGACCCGGUGCUUGACGCCGCCAUGGAGCGCGUUCAGCGCGUGUAUGAGCAAACUUUUUGGUCUAUACCCGAAUCGUUCGUCUUCGGCCAGGCAGCGCAGGCAUUGGCCAAGCGCGGUCAAAACAUCGAUCAAAUAACUGUGUAUUGGGGGCCGGGCGGCGUCGGCCUAUCCCUCUACACUUCGCACUUGCACGCGAUGCACGGCGAUAAGAACCACAAGUUCUUUGAUCCGAAUAUAUUUUUCCAGGACGAGGAGAUGCGGAAGGUGGUGGAACUCUUGGUCGGCGGCUGCAUCUUCACCGGCCAGGAGCGGCCCCCGGGGCAGAGGAGUAGCAUGCGCCAGGACUUACUCAAGAAGUUCGCCACGGCCGACACCAUCGCGGGGAGACUGCCGUACUCCAUCUUGACGAAGAUGUACAGGAUCAUCGGGUGGAAGCGCAUGGAGGUAAACCAGUUCUUCACUUUCGACAACGUCAACGAGCACAACCUGGAGUCUAUCGUGCGCCGCAUCGCCAUCAUCAAGAUACAGUCGCGGUUCUUUGACAAGCUCUACGUUGAUAAGAUUAUUCUCACCGACCCGAGCAGAUACGGCAUCUUCGCGCGCGAUCCCGACGCCGAGGACUUCAUGAUUAGCGGGGCCGCAGUUGCGGCAGGCCAUAAGAUUCAGUACGCGUUCGAGGUGGAGAACGGGCCCGAGGCGUGCAGAGACAUUUUGGUGAACUACACGAAGUGCGGCGGUGACCAUGGAGUAACCGAGAAAUACGUCAGGAUCGCUUGUCAUAUCAAGGCGGCCAACGCUGCGGAAUCAGCGGCGAGCGCUGUCGCCGAGGGCUUGGUUGACCCGCCGUCCCAGGACGGCCAUUUGCCGAGUUCGCCGAUAGUCCUUCUCAGCAACCAUUUGGUGAAGGAGCUGCAGCGGAAAGGAUUGAACUACUUGACUUACAGCGUGUUCCGAGCGUCUGCAACACCUCCCGGCGCUAGGCUGAAGGGUAACAAAGAAGAACAAUGGGAGUCGUUGAAAGGCAGCGACUUGUGGAUCGACGUCGGUUCCAAGGGCAAGGCGGAAGAUCGUCUGAUUCCGCGCGUCAAGACUCAGAGAGACGCUUCGAUUCUUUGUUCACGGCGGCCGCCAUGCUGCGAUGCGAUAUACCCGGAGCAUUGCGACGCAUCGGCGCUGGAGGCGGCGCGGUGUACAUCCAGAUUGGCCAACGAGAAGACUUUGGCAGGCGCGUUUAACGCGCUCGCAUCGGCGAUUGCUCCUGCGCGGGGGCGGCCAGCGAAGGGCGUCCUCGAGAGGAUCGAGAGUUUGGAUGAGAGGGCGCAGAAGAUUUUGUCAAUGACAGAGACGCCGCAGCGGCUGCUUGACCGGAGUAAGAGGUCGGCCGACCUCGAGGUUAAGAGAAGGAAGUUGGCCUCGAAGCAGCCGAGCGUUGAGAAGUCUCCAACCCGCCAUACUGGAAGGAAAGAAACAGUCCCGCUUGACAGCUUCAAGAGCUACAGGCGCGCAGUGGAGUGGCCGUCUCGGCAGUACGUCAACGAGGAGCUCUCGGCGCAGGCCAUGGACCAACGAUUACAGCACAUCAUUGAAAAGUUGGGGAUCAUUGACGCUCAGCUGUUCGCGGACGAGAUUGCUGCGCUACAGCGCGUUCGCGCAGAUCGAGAGGGCGUCUGCAGGUUGGACGAAGAAGCUUGGGCGAGCUUUCCUCUGGCUCCUGAUAGGGACGUCUUCAAAAUGUUGCCGUUCAAGGGCAAGCAAGUCUUGAUCAAGCUGAUAUGCGGCGGCGCUUUGCCGAAGGAAUUGUCCGAGAACGAGUUGGCCAAGAUGCUGGUGAGAACAGCGCGUUUCCUGCGUUGGCUAGCCGUGGGGCUGUACCCGGAGCAGUUCAAGCUCCUAGAGUCCGCGCAGGACAAGUGGUCAGAGGCAUCGCUGGCCAGCUACAUGUGGCAAGGCGUUGAGGAUUAUUGUUUGGAGCAGUGGGUCGACUUUGUCAUGGAAGAGAAGGUCAGUCACGUAUCUUUGCAUUUCGACGGCCUGCGCGUCGACAAGGGGCGCGUCCUUUUGAGCCAGGCGGGCGGCGAUGCGCGGGCCACGGCAGUUUCGGACGCAGAGAAGGUCAAAUCCUUUUGCAAGAAAUCUGAGGAACGGAUUCUUGCCACUACGGGUUAUUCCGUAAGCAUCAGGAACAAGGAGAGAUAUUAUUUUAUUGAUCUUCUCCGUGCGAGCGCAUUUGACGUUGAGCCUGCAGAUGCGCCGAGCGACGUCGAGGCGCUGUUCUCUGCCGGCAAUGGCAUCUUCUGCGCAAUGGCUGCGCUCGCGGGCAACUGGUCGGAUAUGUCGACGAAGGCCGCUGCCGCCGCAACGCCUCCCAGCGCAGCGGCGGCCUCGGCGGCCUCGUCGCCGCUGUUCUGGGCGCCGCCUCGGCGCUCGUAUCGGACAUGUGCGAGAGCGGCCAAUGUGAAGCUGUUGCCCGUGGAAGUGCCACAGGAAAGUUGUCCUGGGCUAUUCUUAGUGCACUGCGAGCCAGACGUUGCGCCGCUUUGCGUCGGCAUCGACGUGAAACAGCGUGGGCCGCACAAGUGCUACGUCGGCAGGGAGCGCUGGAGUCUGCCGGCCGGGGCGCUGGACGAGGCGGUGUUGGCGGCUCUCGAUCGGUGUAUGGUAGUGGCAUUUCAGAUGAAGCCCGCCGAUCGAGAUGGCGAAGAUCAUCGAGAUAGUUCGUUGGAUGGCGCAUUGGAUUUAUUUGCGGGCGCCGGCAUCGAGGACAAUGUCGCCGCCCUCGGUUGUUCAAUUCGCGGCAUCGUGCCUUUUGACCGGCGACGUCUGACGUGGCGCGGCAACUGCAUCCCGUUCGGCAUUGCGGCGCUCACUGGCGAUUGGGAUGGCGCCAUCGCAGCUGCGACUGUGGAUUCGGACGAGAGCGCAGCAGCUAUGGCGAGCGGCCUUCGUCGAUAUAGUGACUGCGCCAAUCUCUUUGGCGUUUCAUUGCGGCCAGUGCCGACGACGGCGUUGCAGGCAGAGAACAUUGCGCAGCUGUCGAAGUAUUCGAGCACGGCGGCAGCAUCUUACACUCAGAAGGGUUAUCUUGGGACGUACCUCGAGGUUUGUCUCGACGCUUGCUUGCGGAUUAUCCUCGACUUCGGCGUCGAGGCGGCGUUCGCUCUCGGCGGCGGGCAUUCGUCGACCCUUGGCGAUGACGUCGCUGCACGCGACGCCAUGGACAUGGUGGCCGGAGCCGGCGUCGAGGAGGAGGGGGCCGUUGACGUCGCGAACGCCGACGACGAGCACGCCGAGGAAUUGGAUGACGAUUCAUGCGUGCGCGUGCAUGCGAAUCUCUUGCAGCUUCUACGCGACGAGGUUACUGACUUCGAGAUGAUCGUGAAGUCGCUCUCUCGCACAGGCGCCACGAAGGACGGGAAUGGGAGCCAUCAACCGAAGAACUUGCUGCAGCGCAGUGCCGAUCUCAUGCGGCGGUCGGUGAGCCCGCCGUUGCGGUGUCUUGGUGUUGACAAGCAGAUUCGGCUGCUCCUUGACCACGACGGGCCCCGGUUUGUCAACUUCGAGGAGUUCGCCGAGCUCGUCUUCCGCGAAUCCAUCUUGCACGAAGGUCGAGUGCGCCCGAUGAGGGCGAGGAUUGUGACGCGCUUUAAGGAAGCCGGCAGUUGCGUCACGCACCUUCUACCAGGAAAGGUCGUUCAGUGGUUGUCGUUGAUGGAGGACGUAUUCUCGUCUCCGUUCGUAGAGGAAUUGCGAACCAAUCUCAUGGGCGAGUUGGUUGAUAAUACAGAGUUUGAGCACGUUUCGUUGGAUGCAACUCUGCGCACUGCCAUGCGCGUGAAAGGCCAGGCGAACUACAGGGAACCGGCAGAGAUUCGAGCGGCGGCGCCGUUUCCAGACGGCGUUGCCAAGAGGCGCAUUUUGACUGCCAAAGGUCGCACGUCAGCCGCCAUUGGCAUGUGGCCCGUGGCCAGCGAAGCGGCAUCCGUCGUGAAGGCGGCUCUUCGAAAUCACUUGCCCGAGCGAGCUCUCCAGCAGUGCGUCUCAGUGGCAUCAGAUGAUCCGUCGGCGACAUUGUUUGCAGAGCUCAAGCAAAUCAUGCCUCAGCUCAAGUUUUUGUGCCUAGAUCCUGUUCAUCUCGCAAUUGUGUAUAAUCAGGCGCACUGGCGGGAACAUUCUCCGGGCCAGGCAGUUUUGCGAAUCAUUUUGAAUAAAUUCAAUAAAGUGAGCUCAGAUUUAAAUGGCGCCGCGUGGGGCGCCCCUUACACGGGCCACCAGGCGAGCUCGCUGUCUGCCGCCGAGGGCCGCGCGCAGUCGUUGAUAGCCGGCGGCGGCAUGCAGAAGCGCCGAGCGCACAAGAUCAUUGCAGAUCUCGACGCCAAUGAGCCAUUCGUGAGAAAACUUGAGUUCAUCGAGGCAUUGGCGGCAUUGACGUCCGUCUACUGGGAAGAAGUGGACAGGCGCACCCCCGCCGCGCCAAGCAAGAAGCUGGCUGAUGUAAUAGCGAAUGCCGCGCAGCACAGUCGAUGCGAGUAUCUUUUUAAUAAUUUGCGCAUGCGGCACUCGCUGCCGGCUCGCGCGCUGCCAUUGCUCGGUUCGGGCACGAGCCCAAACGAAGCGCUGCGUAGCGAGAUCAACAGGUGGUUUAAUAACCAGCCGGAGUUGUACGCGCAGACUUUAGAGCUCCAGCUCGGCGUCAACAUAAUCGGCAAGCAAAUGAUGCAUAAUUCAGCUAUGUACGCCCCCACUCUGCGCCAGCUGUCUUCACAAACUGUCGCAGCUAGCGUGGUCUGCUCGUUUGCGAUAUCCGCCGCCGAGUGGGCAAAUCAUUGCGCUUCUCAGGCGCGGGAGCAGAGGGCGCUGCGGAAAGCGCAGCUUCCGCUGGCGCUGCAGCGCAAAGCCGCUGAGCCCCUGGCGAACAAGUGGAAGGUGGAUCACAAGCGCAUGGUUGUUGCGCGCAAGCCAGCAGGGCAACAACAAUUCAUUCGCACCCUGAAGCGGCCGGGCGCAGCCAAGCAGCGCAAGCGCACGCCCUUCUCUCUUGUUCGGAAGCGCAGCUAA